UCCUUCAACUUAUUCUCCUCCUUAUCUUGCAGAAAGUCCAUGCAGAAAAGUAGCAGUCUUAUCUCCUUCCACAGCAUCUGGCUUUUGAUACAUAUUCGCAGAUAAUCUCUGUCUGUUCACCAAGACAUUCAUCUUCGGAUCUUCUUGAUUCUCUUUCCUAUUCUGGUGUUCAGUUCACACAUCAUCUUUGGAUUUUGGUUGCAUGGAGCCUGAAGCUGAAAACGUCACCUAUGAGGAGGAUUACAUAACGAAUUCCAGAGGGCUGAAGCUGUUCACAUGCAGUUGGCUUCCUCGGGACCGAGAGCGGAAAGCUCUGAUCUUUUUUUGCCAUGGAUACGGCAUGGAAUGCAGCAUCACCAUGAGGAGCACGGCGGUCCGGUUGGUGAACGCGGGCUACGCUGUCUACGGGAUCGAUUACGAAGGCCAUGGGAAAUCCGAUGGAUUGACGGCCUUCAUCAACAGCUUCGAUGAUCUCGUGGACGACUGCUCAGCUCAUUUUACCAGCAUCUCUGAAAGGAGAGAGAAUAAAGAGAAGAUGAGGUUCUUGAUGGGAGAGUCCAUGGGAGGAGCUGUUGCCCUACUUUUACACAGAAAGACGCCAGAAUUCUGGGAUGGAGCUGUCUUGGUUGCUCCCAUGUGUAAGAUUGCCGAGGAUGCAAAGCCGCCUCCGCUGGUGAUAAAUAUACUCACCAAACUGACCAAUAUCAUCCCGACCUGGAAGAUCAUUCCGACUCCGAGCAUCAUCGAUCUCGCUUUCAAAGUCCCUGAAGUAAGAAAGCAGGUGAGAGAAAACAAGUAUUGCUACAAAGGACGGCCUCGGCUGAAAACGGGCUACGAAUGUCUGAGGAUCAGCUUGGAAUUGGAGCAGAGGCUUAACGAGGUCUCGUUGCCAUUCAUAGUUCUCCAUGGGGAAGAAGACAAAGUCACAGAUAAAUCUGUGAGCAAGCAACUCUAUGACUCCGCUUUGAGUUCGGACAAGACAUUCAAAUUGUAUCCAGGCAUGUGGCACGGUUUGCUGUAUGGAGAAACACCAGAGAAUGCCGAAAUCGUCUUCAACGAUAUCUUAGGAUGGUUGGAUAAGAGAGCUUCACUAGGGAAUUUGAGGUUGGAGAGAGAACUGAAAGAAGAGAAUGACCCGCAACCAAAAGAUACAUAGGAACUCAGAGAGGCCAAGCGGUAUAGAGAUUAGACAGCGAAUAGUCAUGGUGAUAAUUUGGUUGCAAAAAGCAACUCAAAGAGGGUUCUCAAAGGGGGAGUGAUGACCUUUCGCUUGCCUUUCUUAAAGGUCAAUUAACUUAGGAUUGAUGUGCUUCGUGUGGGAAGAGGGCAUGUCACCGAGCUAGAAAGCUCAUAAUAAUGCAGAUGCAGCUACAGAUUAUCCAGGCCAUCAAGAGCAAUCUAAUGCACGAGUUUCUGAACCAGUGCACCGCCUGCCAUGGUAGAUUUUAUGUCGAAGAAACCAUUUUUUGUAAUUGUCCACAAGUCAUGCCUAAACUAAGUGUUUCGGUUUCUCCAGGAUAAUAUCAUCUUUUCAGUAA